CCUAACUGAACCAACUGUCUCCUACACGGUAACUUCAAUUAAUGGUUUACUCUUUUACACAAAAUAAUCAUGGCCACUACAAACAACCCUCUCGGUCUUGACCUCGAUACCAUGUAUGAGCCAAUGGACAUUGAAGAGAACCUCUUUAAUCUCCUGACAGUCUACCUCCCUCCGGACUCGACAAUCACGCCUCAACAAGCAGCUGAUAAAGCCAACUCUUUCUUCCCACAUAGCUGUCUAGGAGAAAAUGACAAUUACUAUCCUCGCCAAUUUCUGAGUGAAUUCUGGGAGGUGAUGUUCCGUAUUGUCUCACAGUUGGACUAUCAGGGACAACCCAUGCAACGCUAUAUUGCCCUGCACAAGGCUCUGCGAGAAUUGCCUGAAAUUUUCAUAGGUGAUUAUCGGGUAUGGAGGAUAGACCUUUAUUUGGCAUGGAGUUGAAUGAAAGAUGGAGUCGCAUGUCCGAUGGCUACGAAGUAAACGACAUAGCACACCAGGCUUGGAGAAACAUGAACGGGCUAUUAAUACACUUCACCAAUGAAGGAAUAUGUGACGGCAAAUACCAUGCCCUGAACUGCAUCAGGAAAUAUUUUGAGAAUGAUGACCGAAACAGGCGAAGCAGGUUCAUUAAUGUAUAUGCUCCAGUCACUGCUAUCAAAAGUCCC